AACCCUAAUCAGCUAAUCUGCCCCCUUUAGCAUUUCAUCGUCAGUCCAGUCGCUCCUUUGCCCAACCGAACCCAUUUCACUCGAAGAAUGCAAUCGAAGAACCCUUGUUCAUCAGCUAAACUGCUUUUUAUACAGUAAGCGCGACCGAGCUGCAUGGUUGAUGCCCUCAAACGACCCUUUACUUCAUACUGUUUCUGAAAAUCUAUUGGAUCGCUUGCAGGAAUGCCAGAGAGCAAGCCAGUGGUUGGCCUCUCAUGGCAACCACAGUUGCCAUUCCCAUCUUCGUCAAAUGUUGCAAAUGAUGGAUCUCAUACCAAAUCUCAACCCGAGGCAUCAAGUAGGACACUUUGGAAACCGAAUUCAGAGCUGGUUGAUGGGCUUUUUGUUCCUCCGAAUGAUCCCAGAAAAUUAAACAAGUUACUGAGAAAGCAAGUUAAAGACACUGCUGGGAAGAAUUGGUUCAACAUGCCUGCUCAAACAAUCACCCCUGAGUUGCAGAAAGAUCUGAAGUUAUUGAAGUUGAGGGGUGCCAUUGAUCCCAAGCGUCACUACAAGAAGGGUGAUUCAAAAUCAAAGACACUUCCCAAGUAUUUUCAGGUGGGAACAAUUGUAGAUUCUCCUUUGGACUUUUUCUCAGGCAGAUUAACAAAGAAGGAGAGAAAAGCAUCGCUUGCAGAUGAGUUGCUUUCUGAUCAAAACCUUGCAGCUUACAGGAAGCGGAAGGUUCGAGAAAUUGAAGAACAGAAUCGUCCAGCUGGGAAUGAAAAGUGGAAGAUUAAAGGUCGGGAUUCUCGGAAGAAGCGUGCAAAGGAAAGGAGGAAUUAUUAAUUUUUCCACCCUUUUGGAGCUCAUCCAUGUCAUUUUCUCUGGUUUUGGACAAUCACAUUCAAUGUUGUCAACAAGCAAAUUAGUUCAAUGCUACGAAACAGUUUAGAAUUUUGAUGUAAUUUAAAAAUCUCUAUCUUAAAUUAAUUAACUAUAAAACCUACUAAUUGCUAUGUUUUUUGUGUUUA